CUCGCUUUCGUCUACUGUUGGUAUGUUCGGAGAGAUUCUUCCCAGCGACAUGUAUAUUUCGCUACUGAUUGACAGCGUUGACGGCUGUCUGGCAUGUACACUGGAUUUGCUUCCAUGACAUCUUGCUGGUAUCGUCUGUGGGAAUGGAUAGCCGUGGGAAACCACUGCCGCGGCGGAAGCCUGUGCCCACGCAUCCAGCUAUUCGAUUUGAUGACUUUGACCUGCGGCCACUAAAUCCUGCGUAUCUAGAACAUACGGGCACGAAGAUACAUCCUGCAGAACCUAGUGCAACGCAAAAGCCUGGCCUGGAUGCGCGUGGUCGCCACGUCGAAAUCCCACCUCAUCAUGCCUCUGCAAUACAAUUUUGGACGCCGUUCUUCCGCAGGCGCGUAGUCCUUGGAGGCUUUGCUGCCCUCUUUGUCGGCUUGAUGAUUGUCUUGGCCGCGCUUUAUGGCUACUCUCAAGUGCAUCAAGGCCUGAGCUCCGCCAAUCAGAACAACUAUUACCUUUGGACAUACGGGCCAACAGCAGCAUUCACCCCUAUUGCCGCCUUCUGGGGUCAAGUUGUCUACCGAACACUGCAACUCGCGCCAUGGGAGGCAAUGGCUGCUCGACCUCAACCGGCUACAAAGAGUGUGAGCCUCGACUACAUCUCUCCAAUAAGCUUGGUAGCUCUCUACAAAGCAGCGAAAAACUUGCACUAUCCUGUGUGUCUUGUACUUCUCAGCUCUCUUCUCCUCACAGGCAUCACUGUAGUCUCUACAGGUCUGUUCUCCCUACAAUACGCCGAGAUAGUCACCCAAGGGGCUACACUGUCAACAACGAACAAAUUUGACAUCGCCAACUUCGAUUGGUCUACCACAGAUGCACGUCCAGCUGCAAUUGUGUACGCUGCAUUGGACCUCGGACUUGCAUAUCCUUCCGGGACGACGGCGCAAUACGCUGUUCAGGAUAUCUUCAAAACUGGAGGUUCUGACGUAACUUUGGAGGCUACUGUCGACAGUUUCUCGGCAUAUUUGGAAUGCGAACCUGCAAGUCUGACUGUCGUUAACGUCAGCGAGCUUGCUCUUGAAGCCCACCUGUUUCAUUCCUCGGCAUUCUUCACCUUCAACUUUACAAGUUCUUCCUGCACGGCCACCAACGAGACUCUUAUCCUCCCGGUGUCAUUCGAUCUCAACACACCAUAUAAUGUGACGAGUGACUUCAUCUGGGGGUUUGGUCAUCUGAUCGAUUGCAUACAGGAAAGUCAGAGUCGAGUCCUUGUAUCAGUAGGUACAUGCCGCGCCGAUGUGAUCUGGAAUGGAACGGAUGCCGAUGGUCAAUCAAACCUUCUAUUGCCUUGGAAUCAGAUGUUCAAAGUCAUCAACUCCACCAAUGUCUUCUGUACACCCAAGUACGAAAUACUGCCAGCAAGAGUAAGCAAAAUAUCAAACUCGACUUCACCUGAGAUCCUUGGAAGCAUUACACCCCUAGGUCGAGGCACGAGUCUCCCUGGAAAGGGUAUGGACAUAGCUCGCGCUGUGUUUCAGUCUAUCAACCAAAACACAAAUUUGAUUGAACCAAUCACGUAUGUGAAUGGCACGGAUUACACCAGCGAUUUUGGAGAGUAUGGGACCGAGGACACUCUGUUUGCGAUCCUGGAGCGAGAAAAUCCAUUCUAUGGUGACGUAAUAGCCGCCGACGAGUUUUGGCUUCAAUCCAAUAACUUGGUACGCGAGACAAACGUCGUGUAUGGAUCUAUUGCAGCUCAGGUGGCGGCUCAGAAGCUCCUCGUGGCGUCCACUGGAGAUGUCAUCGGCAAAGUGACAUCGAAUGAGCCACGUUUAUUCGUGCGGACUUUUUCCUUUGCUUUGAUGGAAGCGGGUCUGGGUCUAAUCUCCCUGCUUGCGACAUACCUCUCAUUGAGGGUCCCAAAAUCAAUUUUGCGUCAAGAUCCCGGGCCUAUUGCUGGUAUGGCUGCCAUUUUGAGUAAGAGCCCGGACCUUAUGGAGCUUGUUAGCAACACCGCGACGCAGCCCAGCACCGUGACGAAUGCUCUGCUCCUAGAUCAUACGUACUAUACUGAUAUGCAGCAUGGCACCCCAAGAACCGGUGGCAUUUGUGUCUCUAAGGGUUCUGCUCGUGGUGAUCAAGUCAAAAUGGCAGAACCGGAACCCAGAAACACGUCGAUGACGUGGUGGCAGCCAUUGAUUCUCCGCAGAUGGUCACAACCAUUGGUUGUUUUGAUACCUCUGAUUUAUGCUGCGAUCUUGGAGAUCCUCCUUAGAGUCAGUGAAUCGAACGACGGCUUGCUCGGGAUCGAUAACAAUUCAUGGGUCCACUACGGCUGGACUUAUAUACCCGCUCUGCUGAUGGUGUGCGUUCAAAUGCUAUACGCAUCUGCCAGCUUCAGCAUCAGGCUACUCAGUCCCUACUUCAUGCUGCACCGUGGCUCAGCUCCAGCACCCAUCAGUGUCACGGACCAUGCAAUCUCGAGAACACCCAUACACGAGCUAUUCGUCUCUGCUCGGCGAGGCCAAAAAGCUGUCGUUGUUAUCACUGUCGCCAUAUUGCUCGCACCCUUGCUUACGAUUGCCGUCUCUGGUCUAUACAACCCUGAGACUUACGUGCAAAAUGUAGGAGUGCGAGUGUUGACUGGCUGGAAUUUCAACGCGGCGCACUUUUACCCAAAUUCUACUCUGGUCCAGAACGUAUUCGAUCACAUGAACGAAUCCAAUCCCGCUGAUGUUACAAUGGAGUCUUUGGGCAUGCUAACGACGGAUCUAAUAGUCACAGCCAAUCUGUCUUACCCAAAGUGGUCUUACGAAGAACUUGCUCUACCUGUCAUUGAGGUCACGAGCAGGGACCAUGAUAAUCAAAUUGUUUCCUCUCAAGGUACUUCUUUCGAGGUUUCCUUACCGGCUGUUCGAGGCGCGCUUAACUGCACGAUAAUUGAGCGUCAGAACGUCGAAAUCACCUACGCAACCUGGAAUUCUUCCUUCACCACUUGCACAUACAAUUCUACCACCGACAUCCAAAUAUGCCCCGCUGCGUACAAUUUCACCUACGGGGCUGGCAUGGCCGGAAAUCGGGCUUGCCUCAACUCCCAGUCUGGCACGGACGGGUGCCGCGUUGCAAUCUUCAGCACAAACACCUCCCAAGAACUCGGCGGUUGCACAUUCCCCAAGGAAGUGGUCUUUUUGCCAAAUGGUACCACGGACGCCCAAGGGUUUGGGUACUUCGCACCCCUCUACACAACACUGUACGGACAGAGCCAGACCUACUGUCCGCUUUAUGGCGGGAUGGUCGGCUCCACCACCUCCACCGAAGUCGAAGAUUACACCUGGUUCGUGUGUGCAACAACCGUCCAACGCGUCACGGCACACGCAACGUUCACCCUACCCAACUACGACAUAACCCAAGCCUCGGCCGACGAAACCACCGCCUCCCCCAUCUCAGGCAACGCCACCAUGGAAAUAAACAACCUCCCCACCGUCUUCACCGGCGCCAACGCCGCUCUCCUCUCCGACGGCUCCGUCGGCUCCCCAACCGACGCCAACACGCUGCUGACCUUCUACGACACCCCGACCGGCCAGAAUCUCGAUAACUUCGUCUCGAGCCUCGUCCACGGCACCCACGGCGUCCCCCUCGCCCAGCUAAUCGGCACCGCGAACCACCCGCGCCUGCUGGCUGCCGUCGAACACCUCUGGCGCGUGAUCUACGCGCAGACCUUCCGCACCAGCGCCUGGUACCUCUCCGCCAACGCGCGCGAUGUGGCGGCGUGGACGCCCGCCGAGCCGCUGGGCGCGACGGUCGUGGAUCCCCGUGCACUGCGGUUGAGGCAGAGUGUGCUGGCGACGCGCAUCUUGCAGGGUAUUCUGGCGGCUGUGGCGGUCUGUGGAGCGCUGGCGUUUUGGCUUAUCGGGUCGCGGAGGCUGUUGCCGCGUAGUCCGUCGUGUAUUGCUGUUGUGGCGGGCCUGUUGGCGGGGAGCGAGAUGCUGGGUAUGGCGGGUGAGGGUGGGGAGAAGGGGGAGCGUGAUGGGAAUCGGUGGGAGGGCUAUUUCUUUAGUCUGGGGUGGUGGGAAUCGGUGGGCGGUGUGAGGAGGUUUGGUGUUGAUGUUGGGAAGGCGGAGAAGAUGGGCUAGUGCUCGCUCUCAGCUUGAGCGUCGCUUUUAAGCCCUGCGCAAGCUGGUUUGUCUUGAUAGAAAUAUCUCGCUCCUGGCACUUCAGUCUCCACUGGAGGUGACGAGGCCGAGAACGACAGCAGAUGCUUUUUUUUUGAGCGACCAGGAGGCCGAGCAUCCACCAAGACAGAAGCGC